AAAAAUAUCAUACAAUCUCCGAGUGCUAGGGAAUUAAAUAAAUAGCUUUACAGCGCUUAUGGAUCACUCCCAGCCGGGGGAGGACAGGACGCUUCCGGGAUGGAUGAUGAAGGAACGGGACGCUGAAGAACCCUGUCAGCCCCAAGGUAUCUACAAAAAGAACAUCCUUGAGGAUGAUCUUCCCUUUCUGGAAUUUGGUGGAAGGAUUAUAUACAGUCAGGAGAGAAACGAUUGCUCGUUUUUAACCGAGGAUUUGAGAUCCUCUCUCGUGCCUGGCUCGGCCGUGGGCUUUGAUUUAGAAUGGCCGCCUUCUUUCACCAAGGGGAAGACCAAGAAGGUUGCUUUGGUCCAGCUUUGCGCCUCCGAGGAGAAAUGCUACCUUUUUCACAUCUCGUCAAUGGCAGGAUUCCCUCCGGGUCUCAAGAUGCUUUUGGAGGAUGAGAGCAUCAAAAAGGUUGGUGUGGGCAUUGAAGGAGAUCAGUGGAAGCUGCUGUCUGAUUACGAAAUUAAGAUGAAGAAUUUUGUAGAGCUCUCUGAUUUGGCGAAUGAAAAACUGAAAUGUGUCGAGAAAUGGAGCUUGAACGGGCUUAUCAAACACUUGUUCAAAAAACGGCUCUACAAAGAUGAAGAGCGCUGUAGCCAAUGGGAUGACUUUGGGCUUACAGAGGAGCAGAAGCGAUAUGCCGCAAUCGACGCAUAUGCUGGAUUCAUAGCACAUCAGAAACUGAAGAGAAUGGUGGUGAACCCAGGUUCACUGAAAGCUCAAGAUUGCUUGAAACAGAGGCUUUGUCAGGUUAGCAGAGAACUUGAAGACCUUGCUAGACGUAUUCCAGAGGAACUCGGCUGGACAAGCAGAACUGAAAAGCUAGUGGACGAUUUGUCUCGGCAAGUUGCCUCUCUUAAAGAGCUUCUCAUAAGUAACCAAAAUGUAGAAGAAGAACAUUUCCCCAAAGGCAGUAUGGAUCCCAGGCCUAGAUUCAAGAGUGCUGAGAUCAACACCAUGGAUCUUGAAGCCAAUCGCACAUCUUCUGAAAACAGAAACAGUCAUUUUUCAUGCAGAGACAAUGCAAAACAAUCAUUGUCCUUGGAAGAAGAUAAAAAUGUCGCAGUUCAGAAAUUACAGGAAGAAUGCACCAUGUCCUUGGAUAUCUCUGAGUAUGAACUUCACAUGCUGGAAGUCCAGGCCAGACAGGAGGAGAACGAUGAGCAAUCCAUUUUAGCAUUCGAGAAGAAGAAGAAAUCGGCUCUGGAAGACUCUGGUGAAUUUUCAAACGAACUCGAAAGUGAUGAGGAGUUUGAUAGUGAAAUGAUUCAGUGUGCUGAAGAAAUGGAGAAACUGAACGAUAGUAUUGAAAAGCAGCCUAACGAAGCCGAGGCCGUUGCCGAGGAUGAAGACGAGGUUGUUGAAGAGGAUGAAGAGGAAGGAUUUGAUGCACAUUUCCCCGAGCCAACACCUGAGCAGAUCAAAUGCCUGAAAAUGUAUUUUGGACAUCACAAUUUUAAACCGGUACAAUGGAAAGUGAUUCAGUCCGUGCUUGAGCAGAGGAGGGAUAACCUUGUUGUCAUGGCAACUGGUUAUGGAAAAAGCUUGUGCUUCCAGUUCCCUCCCGUCUACUGUGUGAACAUCAGCGUUGUCAUUUCCCCUCUGAUCGCACUAAUGGAGGACCAGGUGCUGCAGCUCCGGAUGUCCAACAUCCCUGCUUGUUUUCUUGGAUCGGCCCAGACCCAUAAUGUACUUUCUGGCUUACAAAAGGGGCAAUUCAGAGUUGUUUACAUGACACCAGAAUUCUGCUCAGGAAACAUACACCUGCUUGAACAGCUGAAUAAAUCGAUCGGGAUUUGUCUGAUCGCAGUGGACGAAGCCCAUUGUAUUUCUCAGUGGGGGCACGAUUUCCGAAGUGCUUAUCGAGAUCUUGGCAAAUUGAAAAGAAGACUUGUAGAUGUUCCCAUUGUAGCACUCACCGCUACGGCAAGCCCCUCCAUUCGGGAUGACAUAGUGAAGAGCCUCCACUUGCAGAACCCACUCGUGACUUGCACUUCAUUCGACCGGCCCAAUCUCUACCUAGAUGUCAACCGCAAAUCCGGCGAAAUCAUCCAAGACCUUAAAUCUUUCUUGGUGAAAAAGACAGGGGCUGAUUAUGAAUUCGAGGGUUCCGCCAUUGUGUACUGUCCAUCGAAGAAGGAAUCAGAGAGAGUGACAUCUGCUCUGUUAAAGCUGGGCAUCCGCUGUGGAGUGUAUCACGCCGGUCUCGGCCUCAAGCAGAGGAGAGAGACACAGUAUCAGUUCAUGAGAGACGAGAUACAGUGUGUGGUGGCUACCGUAGCUUUCGGAAUGGGAAUUAACAAGCCCGAUAUUAGAAAGGUAAUUCAUUACGGAGCGCCAAAAGAGAUGGAGUCUUACUACCAGGAGAUCGGACGAGCAGGUAGAGAUGGCCUGCCCAGUGCUUGCCAUGUCCUCUGGACACCCAAUGACAUGGCACUCAACAGGUUUCUACUCAACAAGACAAAUUGUGACAGAUUCAGGGGAUACAAAAUGGAAAUGAUGGGCAAGAUGGAGAAAUAUUUAAAUUCCACGAAGUGCAGAAGGAAGUUAAUCUUAUCCCAUUUUGAGGAUAAGCAACUCAGAAAAGUCACCUCAGGGAUAAUGGGCACCAGCAAGUGUUGCGACAACUGCAAAUCCGGGCCCAUGAAAAGCCAAAGCCAGGACUUUUCAGAUCAGGAUAUGCAGGACUUUGGUGUGCAAGCGUUCCAGCUGAUGGGAGCCGUGAGUGCGAUGGGAGAGAAAUUCGGUAUUACGGCUCCCAUACUGAUGCUGCGUGGAUCAGCCGCUCAGAGAGUUCCCGAUUGCUAUAGGAAGGAUGCGUUGUUCGGCAAGGGCAGGGGUGUGUCUGAAACCUGGUGGAAGGCGCUUAGCCGUGAGCUCAUCAGUGAGAAGUACCUAGUGGAGGCGUCCGGUUAUAACAGGUUCAGCACGCUCUGCAAACUCACUCCCAAGGGCAGGACAUGGCUAAGCAAAGCCCAGAAUGAGAAACACAGAACCCUUCUUCUUCAACCUAACAGAGAUUUGUGUGCAAGAGUCGGUGAGCCCAAAAAAAAACAAGAUCUGAAACCUGCUGGGGUUCGUGUUCAAGAAGAGGCUUCAUCAAGCACUCAGAGAUCGAGUUUCAGGUCUCAGGUUGGCUCCAGUGCUGUGGUAAAGAAUGACGGAGCACUUCAUUACAGGUCAGUUCCUGGUUUGCUCCCUGCACCUAAAGUUACACCUCAACCUUCUGCCAGAGAAAUGGAGCUACAGGCUGAGCUCUACAGCAAGCUGGUAGCUGAGCGGCAGAAGCUGGCCAGCAUGAAGGACAUCCCUCCUGCCAUCCUGGCCACCAAUAAAAUCCUCCUGGACCUAGCCAAAUUAAGGCCCUGCUCAGUAGCCAAGCUGAAGCUGGUGGACGGUGUGUCUGAGGCUAAAGCAGCCAUGUUGGCUCCUUUACUGCAGACCAUCACAGACUUUUGCCAGACACAUGGCCUGCAGGAGGCUGUCACUUCCAGCUCUUCUUAUUCCUGUAUGGAACAGACACACAGUGCAAAGACAGGAAAAGCCCUAACGCUGGCUCUGUCCGACAGCGUGGCAUUAACUUACAGACUUUUUCAGAUUGAAGGCAGAAGCAUGAGACAAAUAGCGGAUGCCCGCAGCUUGCCCAUGGCGGUGGUGGAAUCUCAUCUGCUGCAGGCUCAGAAAGCCAGCCAUCCUGUGGACACCGAGCGAGCUGGUCUGUCUCCGUCUCUGUUCAACACCAUCACACGUAUCCUCUCCUCUCCUCCUCUCAGCUCAGAUCUCAGUAACUUUAAGAACGUUCGUGCUGUGGUGCCAGAGGACAUCAGCACUUUUCUCCUCAGCCUGUGUGUCACUAAGAUACAUAAUGAAGGCUUUCCAAAGCCGCAGGCUGUCAACCUCCCACCAGAACAGCACCAGAUCACCUGGAUAGAGACACGGGAGAACCUCGUCCAGGCAGAUGGUGCUGGUAAAGCCGUCACUUCAGGGCUUCGAACGCACCAGCUGGAGCCAGAGAUGAACAAUAUGUACAUUAGCGACGAUGAACUCUUUUGCGAACUUCCCAUGCCGGAGGAGGCAGGACCAUCCAGCAGUGUUGCUCAGCUUAAUGUAGAAGAUCUCCCUCCGUCUAAAAGCAGUGGAAUUAAACUGGCUUCCUGGAACCAGGAGACCCUGGACGGAGACACUCAGGACCUGUUUAGUGAUUCUCCAGUUAAGACUGCAAGCCAGGUGCCAAAGAGGAAGCUUCCUGACUGGGACAGAGGACCGGCGGACUCUCUUAAUUCCACAGCAUCAGCAAAUAAGAACAAAAAAAAGAAAGGACUCUUCAUGUGACUUUCAGUAAAAUGACACUAUAUAAUUUACUGUAUAUAAUUGUACCUAAUCUUGAGAAUUUUAUUUUUGUUUAUCAGAAAAAAAAAAAAUAAUUCUCCAAAAUAAUCUUUUGAUAUUUUUCUAAAUAAAUAGAUUUUAUUAAUGCCUAUUUUUUGCUGUAAAAGCGUGUUUUAUGUAUAAGAUACAUUUCCGAAUACCUAUUUUACUAUACAGUUAACUAAAUGAUACUAAACAAUUCAGUUCACGACUGAUCUCAUAUAAACCGGACUCAUAUGUAGGUUUUCCACCACAAUAAAGUCUUUAAAUGAA